AUGUCCGAAUCAUCAACUAAUCUCCUCCCCAUCCAUCUCCCCCACCACCCCGCUCCUACAACUACAGAUGAGACCGCCGCCGCCACUGACUCGGAACCACCGCACAAGAAACGCCGCGGCCUCGCGGGUUCGAUCGUGUCGACCGCUGUGAGCGCGGCGCUCAUUGGCACGGCUGUUGGGUUGACUGUAUACCGCCUAUGGAGGGAUAGGGGCAAAGAGGGUCAAAUCGCGAACAGUGCACAUAAUGCUACAGACUCGGACUCGGAUCAGCCACCGCCUCCGCCAUACGACGAAGCCGUCGGUUCCCGCAUUACCCAACAUCCCACCGUGCCUCUUUCAUCCUCUUCUUCCACCUCAACAUCUACAACUACGACACAGCGCGUGGUGCCAACAACACCCGGAACACCCACACCACACACUCGCUUUGGGUCAGGGACAGGAACGGCGAAAGGGAGGAAGAAGCAUACAGUCACGGUGCGGCGGGCAAAGCGUAACACGCCUAGGCAGGGGUAUGUGUCUGCGUUUGGCUCGCCCCGUGCGCGCGGGAGUACGAGUGCAGGUGCGAGGGGCGGGGAGUUUGAUUUUGGAUAUGAUUAUGCGGGUCGUGAGGAUGCUGGGGAGGGGCGCACUGAGGUGGAAGACAAGAUGGACUGGAUGGGCGACAAGCUGAGCCAGCUGAUCGAGCAGGGACGGCGCGCGCUACAGACAGAGGUCGUCGUGAUGAGCGAGGCCCGCGAGGAUGAGGUGGAUGAUGGUGCUGGGGGUUGGGUGGAGGAUGAUAACGACGACGACGACGAGGGUGUGGAUUCGGAUGCAGACUCGAUGCGGGGGUAUGGUGCUGGUGCUGGAGGGGGGAGGCGGAGAGCAGGGUCGGUAAGGAGUUUGAGGAGUCUGAGGAGUAAGGCAACGGUGACCCCUAGGAAAACAGACGGGUUGGGUCUCGGGAUAUCUGUCCCUUCGUCUUCGUCCAUGGCAGCUGCAGCCCCGUUCUACACCGCGUCGUUCGAGCGACCGCCCGUACACGGGCAUACGAGGGGCGUGUCGCAUGAGAGCGGACUUGGCUUUGGGCUCAGUACGCCCGGCGGACAAGGAGGAUUUGGAGUGACAGAGGAGGAGAGCGGGGCCUGGGAGAGUCCUGAGAUUCGCGCGAGUAUGGAGCGGGCGCGUGCGAGGGUGUUGGCUGCGCGCCGGGGUGGGGGUGGUGUAUAG